UCUAGACCUCGAUACCGACUUCCCAAGAGUGCCAGUGACCCCAUCUAUGCUGUAUGCCCAUGCUUGUGCACGAGGCAAAUUUGGCGACCGAGAAGGAGAUCCCGUACACCACGCACUAUUUCUCGCCCCAAACCGAGGUUUUGGUGCUCGACCGAUUUGGGUGCGGAUGACGGAAGAGGGUGGGUCAAUGGAGGAGUAAGUAUCUGUCUUCACUUUUGUUGGGCUUAUUAAUUGCUAAUUGAUGCAGUCUUCCCCCUGGCAUGAAGUUCUAUUGGGAUCCAUUGGUGCAAAAGCCUGAAUCUCCUCCGUCGACUCCAGCAGACAUCCAGGGACAGAAGCUAAAGUCCAAGAAGGCAACCCCUCUAACAUAUCUCGAGCACAUUGCACAGAAUCCACCCACAGUUGGCAAGAAUCACUACAAGGGUGAUUAUGUGUAUGCAAACUUCGGUUAUGUUCGCGAUGAAGACACAAUGGAAUGGUUCGACCCGGAGUCAUCACAACCACUUAAAGACAAAUAUAUCUCAUAUCGGCGAGAGGGGCCGAUCGAAGAAGUGGACGGCAAACAUAUUCCAGAUUUCAAGAGGUCGGAGAGAAUAUUUCCUAGAAUUAUGAGCACUGAGGAGCAGGAACAUUUCUACGACGAAUACUUGCAGUACGUUCACGAUGAUGUCGAUGCUGAGGGUGACCCUCGAGAUCUUCGAAUCACUCCCGCAACUUUCGCCCAAUGGGCUGUGGGUGCACGCAAAGGCAAGGCUUACGAGGAGGAGGAAUUUACACCUGACAGUGUCAUUUGGUCGAAGCGUGUCGUUCCACCAAAACAACCAAAGGAUUCCAGGCCGAAAAGACGACAAUUCGAUAUGGUUACCGGAGAAGAAAUUUCAGAGCUUGGAGACUCCGACGAAGAGGCUGUUCUAAUCACGGAAGCUGAGGGUGUUAAUAUGAUGGCCAUUCCUCGAGAAUUCAGCAUGAUGCUUCCAGGCGUUGCUCAAGAUCUUGCUCACAAAGCAUUCGGGCACCGCGAGAAUGACCCAGAGAAGUACAGCCAAGGAUCUAUUACGUCUUCCGACCACGACACUGCCUCGGACCCAACAGUGUUUAAUGAGACCCGAGCCGUGAACCAUCUUGGAACUCUAGGCGAUCCUAUGAGUGGGAAAGCUGAAUUUGCUGGUUUAAGCGAAGAAAUGCUGAAUCUGUUAGACGAGAAGCGUCUGGCAGAAAAGCGCACCGUACAAAAACAAGAGGAACUCGCUCAAGCUAGGGAAGUUGAGAUCGGAUUGGCAAGGGAGAUCUUUUUCUUGAAUGCCCGCAAGAACCUGCAGCCGAUCAGAGUUGUGAAUAGAGGCAAUCCUCAUGGCAUGGAUGGCGCCGGUUCUUUCGACCCUAGUCUCUCAGAAGGAAUCUCUAAUUUCGAUGGCUCGGACGAACACGAAGAGGAAUUAAUGUCUCCUGCCAGCCUGCCAAAGCAGCAUAAGCAGUUCCGAAGAUAUUUCAAGGAGCAAAUCGCGACGGAGUCAAUGGCUAUUAAUAGGCUUAACAUAUACGCGGACGUCAGUGAUAUGGAGUAUGAACGCAUUCGCAAAGACAUCAACGUUAUGAGAGGAGUAAAGGACGAGCUGGUUCGGAGCUUCGGCGUCGAAAACAUGGAGGAUAUCCCACUUCAUGUUCCCCAUCCGCUAUAUAUGGAUCGCGUCGAUUUCGCUGGAGGACAGUCUACCUACGAGUGAGCAUGGAGAACUGUUCUGGAGCGAGGCAUAUAGAAUGGGAGUCGGAGCUUACUGUAUGAAUGUGUUGGAGUUUAUUGGAUGUGUCUGUUUGAUACUGGAGCCUAGGUCUUUUCAUUUCCUUUUUCUCUUCUCUCUGCUUCUCGGCCAAUGACGCCUUGGAAGCCAAAAAUAACUUCUCCAGUCUGUUUCCGAAUCACGAAAUAAUUUGGUCUCAUCGAUGGGGAGGCAAAGGAAGCAUAACAGCAUGGCGAUAUCGCAUGCAAGAUU